AUGACGGCCACCUCCGUGGAAAAUCAAGUCCAGUACAAUGGCCAAGUCACAGAGGUGCUCAGCAAACUUUCCGGCUACCUCAACGACGACUUCCUCCUCGACCUAGCGAGCCGAUUUUCGGAGACCUAUCGCGACCUGGCAAAAACUUCAACUUCACAUUUCUUAGUCACCCCUGUCACUGCGCUACCCACCGGGAAAGAGAAAGGGAAGUUCUUGAGUAUCGACGUUGGGGGUACCAAUCUUCGAGUCGGCUUCGUUGAGCUCCUUGGCGACCUCCAAAAUGGCACUCCCGCACCCAUCGAUACUGCGUCACAGACUCCUUUUAAGAAAAUCCGGAGAUCUCACGAUCGCAAUUGGCCCAUUGGUGAUCAUUUGAAAAUGGACAAGGCCGAGGACCUUUUCGCCUGGAUUGGAGAUUGCAUAGCCGAAGUCAUCAAAGAUGCUCUCGAUGAUGCAACGACCUCGGACUCUGCGCUAGAAUCGCCAUUAGGAGAAGAACUAUUGCUGGGCAUCACAUUCAGUUUCCCCAUGUCACAAAAAAGCUUAUCGGAAGCCACAUUACUUCCUAUGGGGAAAGGAUUUGGCAUCACCUCAGAUCUGAAUCUAGGAAAGAUGUUACUCGCAGGCUAUGCACGCCAUAUUGAAAGGCCAUCAGGGAAUGAUGAUGCCAACGGCGACGCCAACUCAGCCAGCAAACGCAGGAGGCUAUCUCGACUUCCCCGGAUACGCAUUGCUGCCAUUACCAACGACACAGUAGCGACCUUUGCAUCCCUGGCAUACGCAGUCAAGGCAAAGCCAAACAGUCGCGUCGCUAUGGGUCUCAUUGUCGGCACUGGCACAAAUGCUACAGUCCCCAUGAAAUUGGUAGACCUCCACCCUGCCAAACGCGAUGACCUCGCCAAUCCCGACGAAGUCGAGACAGUAGUCAUCAACACCGAAUGGACCAUCCAAGGAACGGACAAACCAUUAAUAGAUCUAGACAUCAAAACCACCUGGGAUCUGGAGCUGGAUGCAAACAGCGAAGCGCCUGGAUUCCAACCAUUUGAAUACAUGACAGCCGGGCGAUAUCUUGGCGAGAUCGUCCGACUCGUGUUCGUAGAAGUGAUUGCUAGUGAGGGCACAGAACUGCCUCAAUCACUAAACACAAAGAAUGCGAUUGCGACGAGAUUUCUUUCAGAGGUCGUCGCAAGAGCCACGGACGACGAACUUACCAAAGCACUCGGGGAUCAGUACGCGCCGAUAUCAUCGUCCACGUCUUUCUGGACUCCCGCGAGAGUGAACCUUCUGCGCGACAUAGCCUAUGCUGUCCAGCAACGGUCGUCUGCAUUGAUCGCUGCCGCCAGCGUUGGCCUGCUGAACUGUGUGGGCGACAUCAAGUUGGAUCGCAAAGAGACGAACGGAAAUGGCGUCGGUCCCCACGACGAGGGCGAGAUAGAAGAAUUGGUGAUCGCAUACGCAGGCGGGACCAUUUCUCAGUAUCCGCAAUGGCGCGAGACAUGCCAACGGUGGAUAGACACCUUGGUGAAGAAAGGAUCGCACGCCAACGCGACGAAGAAGGUAGUACUCAAGGAGGCAUUAGACGGAGGUAUCAUUGGAGCCGGCGUGCUCGCCAGUAUGACUGAUGACAUUGCAUGA